AUGGCCAUACAAGAUCCGGGUGAACCGCAAAUACCGGUAUCAAGAUUGCGGAACCCAGCAUCCUCCGCUUCCACAGCAGAGAUAUUAGAAGAACUAACCCGCCAAAUCGUCCGAGACCGCAACGCCGGCCUUCUAGACACCCACGCAAUCCGGAACCACGUCUCCAGCAGCCUAAUCGCCCGCAACGACUUCGACGACGUUGCCGUUCAGACGCGGGACCGAGCUUUUCAGCAUCAGGAACAGCAGCAUCCCGGCAGUCAGAUUGAAGUUUGGUUUAACGUGCACCUUACUGCGCGGAUCAAAGGUUUGUCGAGAGAGGGUCACGAUGGGUUUGUGCGGGAAAGCGUGAGUAUUUGCAAGUGGGAGAAGGGGUCGAAGUGGGAGGAGUGGAAGAUGGUAGCGUUUACUACGCUUACUGGGCCUAGUGGGUACGCUCUUUAG